AUGUCGUCGACAACUAAAGAUGUGGAAGUUCAUGUUGAAUAUGCUGAUCAACAGAAUAUCAACAAAUUCGCACGCAAUAAUGCAAAAUUAACCGAAUUGAAAGAAGAAAUCGAAACUAAACGAAAAGAAUUAACAUCCUUGUCGGAUGCUCGUGAAGCUCUUGAUGAAUUAGCUAUUCUAUCUGAUAUUCCCACGGCGCCAUUACUUGUUGGAGAAACAUUUCUUAUUGAGCCAACUGAAGAUAUCUUGACUUCGUUAGAUGGACGAAAAACAAAAAUCGAAGCAGAGAUCGAUGACAUUCAAUCGCGUAUGCAAACAAUUCAAGGUGUUCUCAGUGAUUUAAAGGUGAAAUUAUAUGGAAAAUUUGGCAAAAGUAUCAAUCUCGAGAAUGAUGAAGAAUAA